AUGGAGAGCAUUCAAGAACAAAUUAAAUUGGUUCAUAAACUUACACAAGAGUUGACACGUUAUCUUUGUGAAGAUGAAAGCAAGAUAAACUAGAUGAUUUAUUAAACACUUUCCAGACUUUCUGUCUCAAGUUAGAUCAAGCUGUUGAAGUAAGGAAAUGGAUUGCAACUUUUGUACAUUACUUUUCGCAAAAUUUAUCGAGUGUGCAUGAUCAGUUGAUCAUGCAGUUGAGAUUUAUUUGCUCGCUAUGUCUGGCGUUGACCACAAGUGGCCGAAAGCUAUUGGCCGAAAGCUUGUCAAUAAUUAAAUUGUCAAUAGCUGUUUCCAAUCAUAAUUCAAUAAUUAAAACGAAAUUUUGGUAAAAACUGACGAACGAAAUAUAAAUAUUAGAUGUUUUUUACGAAACUGAAUGUUUGAAGGUUUAAAAAGGCGUGUCAUUUUUAUCAAGUAUUUCCAUGCUAUAUAACAAGUGUCUCGUUGUUUGUAGUUAAUCCAGUGUAAUUAUCUUUUUGAAGGAUAAUGAGAAACGACGACCACAGGAAGCGAAACAAGCGGAGAAAAUCAACAAGAGAAAGCGAAAAGACGGAGCAAGAUUCCAAGAAGAAGAAUGUAUUGCUGAUAAACUUCGAAGUGAAAUACGUCAAGGAUUUCCUUUGAAGAAACGACGAAGAAUGAGUGUUGAUAAUGCGAAAGAUACUUUAGAAAAUAUUUCCACUCAACCUUCCAAUGAAGGUAUUGUAAUAAUUCCUUGGUUACUUUCAUCAUAUUGUUUAGGUCUAAUGCUGUUCACCCUUUCGUAUUGUUUGGAUAUAGAACGACAUAUCUGUAACCGGAAUUACGAAUGCCAUCUAGUCACGAUCCAGGAAUCGAAAUACUCCAUCGUUUUUUUUUUCAUUGCCUUGAAAAUCCAAUUCAGGAUAGAAGCCGGUACCCCCCUAUAGCCUAGACAGUCGCCGGUUGCUUCUCAAUAUUAUAACCCAAACUAUUUUCUUCUUACCACAGAAAUAUCAAGGAAAAUGUUUUCUUUGCAUUAAACUAUUAAUUUUAAACGAUAUUCUUCGUUAAAUAUUUGCGUAGUAUAACGAAAUGUGGGCUACAUUGCCGAAAAGUAUCAUAAACUAAGCUAAACUUAACACCAAAGGCAAGCACUUCGUAUUACUUCAUUAAAUUGCGUGCGGUAUAGCUACGUGCGGUAUAUAGCUACUUGAUGAGUGAUGACUCUAUAACAAAUAUACUUGCACCCGAGGGUGGCUGGAAGAUUCCCGAACUCACCGAGCGAAGCGAGAUCGAGGUGGUUCGGGUAACUUCCAGCCACCCGAGGUGCAUCCAAUCCCGGACUCACCACGCUGCAAGUAUGUUUGGUUUUUAUCAUAUGCCACUUCGGUAAAUGUACUGAAGUGUUUACACAUUUUUGUAUAUAAUUUCUUGUUCAGAUACGCAAACAAACAAACUUUAGGCUUAAAUUAAAGCUAAAAAAUUCUCAAUGCUGUUCACCCUUUCGUAUUGUUCGGAUAGAACCGAUAGAACGACAUAUCUAUAACCGGAAUUACGAAUGUGAUCUAUAGUCACGAUUCGGAUCGAAAUAUUCCAUCGUUUUUUUUUUCAUUGCCUUAAAAAUCCAAUUCAGGAUCCCAAUAGAAGCCAGCACCCUAUAGCGUAGACAAUCGCCGGUUUAGACAAGUGUAUUAUAACCCGAAAUAUAUCCCUACCACAGAAAUGUCAAAGGAAAUGUGCUUUUUCAUUAAAAUAUUAAUUUUAAACAAUAUUCUGCGUUACAUGUUUGGGUAGUAUAACGAAAUGUGAGCUACUUUCCCGAAAAUUAUCAUAAACUAAGUAGUCGGGCAGAUAGAAGGAAAAAACUUAUGUAGUAUCGUGGGACAAUUCCGUUUUGCCUUCAUAUUGUGCCACGAAUUAGGCUAGUACGUUUCUGUAUGUUGGCUGCGUUAAAAUUUCUUGUGGGCUCCUGCCGACACGUUUUUCUUCGAACGUUGUAUUAAACUCUAUAUUACAGUUAAAAAAUGUGAAAUUUCAAAUACAUUUCUAACACAAAUGACUUACAUCAUUUGGAAGCUUGCAAAAAAACUACAUAUAAGACAUUUAAACGGUUACCCGGGUUUUUCAAGUUCUUCUUGAGUUCUGAACUGUUGAAUGCGUGUUUUCAGACAAGUACCCAGGAAUUUUGCGAGAUUUUGGCAUAUUUUCCACAUUAGAAACUGCAAUAACUCGAAAACCGCUUGAAGAUCCCAACUAAGGGACGGACCAUUAGAAAAGUGAUGGGGGGGGGGGUAAAUUUUUUUUGUUUGCAUUUUUUUUCCAGGUUGUCAGCUGUGUAUGCAUGUUUUUUUAAAAUAUGUCUUCUCGCAUGUAAUUUUUUUUCCAAUACAACUAUACAAAUGUUAACGAAACUGUUCUCUUGACAAAAAAAUAUCCCUUUAAUACACACUGCAAAAUUAUAUCUUUAAGCACCAUAUAUGGACAAGUUUUCUAGGGGUCCAGAGCAUGCUCACCCGGAAAAUUUUUUAAUCUAAAUUCUCUGAAAUACCAUUUCCCGGACUUUGGGGAGAGAUUUUGCAGAAUUCUGAUGGUCAGAAAACGCCAUUGUAACAUAUCAGAGGCCCUUGGCCAAUGUUUUUGCUCUAUAGCCUGAGCCUGGGGCCCCCCAUUUGCGGGCCCAUUGGGGUUGGUGGCCCCCGGAUUCUCCCAGUCCAAGCCCAUAGUAGUUACGCCACUGAGGACAGUGGCAGUGUGAAUGAGAAUUAAUUAUUAAAUACAAUAGAAAAUAUUUUGAUAGUAUAUAAUAAAACUACAUAAGAGGUACUGUUAAUAUUGAAAGAAAUUGCAUAUUAAUAUAUUAUAUAUUUUGAUAUAUUUAUAUUCUGAAAUAUUCCAAAGAUUUAGUUCAAUUUUGUCGGAUGUAAAUUUAAAAUUAAAGCUCUAUUGUUGUUCUGUUUGUAAUUUUUUUUUAAUUAAACAAGUCUGUUUGCAUGUAUUUUUUUUCAAACCUUUUUUGUUUGCAUGGAUUUUUUUUCUGUUUUUUCCCCACCCUCCCCAUCACUUUUCUAAUGGUCCGUCCCUAACCAUUUAAAUGUUUCAUAUGUAUUUUUCUUGUUAGCUUUCUAUUGAUGCAAGUCAUUUGUAUUACAAAUGUAUCAGAAAUUUCACAUUUUUUAACUGUAAUAGAAUUUAAUACAAAAUUCGAAGAAAAAUGUGUCGGCAGGAGCCCACAAGAAAUUUUAACGCGGCCAACAUUCAGAAGCGUACUUACUAGCCAUCAGAGCACAAUAUGAACGCAAAAUGGAAUUGUCCCACGAUAUGGUAAGUUUUCCAUAAUUUUGAGCCUCUAUAUCUUCCUGACUAAAACUAAGCUUGCACCAAACGCAAUCAAUUCGUAUUACUUCAUUAAAUUGCUUCGUACGGUAUAGCUCGAAAUUUACUUUCAUAAAGGUCCAACAUUUUCAAAAACAACUCUACCCCCCCCCCCCCUAGUGGUGGGUUGUACCUUCGACCCCACAUAGCCGGCUAAGUUGUCCAUACCAUUCACUCACUUAUUGUUUUCACUUAUUUGAUAAUUUAUGCGAAGUCCUAUUUACUUCUAAUCUAUGUCAAUCUAUUUUUUAUUUUAGGAAACGUUUCUGAAAUGAAUGAUGCGUAAUACAUCUUGUUAGAAUUGAAAUACCAAUAUUCAAUAAAAAAUGACAAAGCUAGUGCACA